AUGUACCUGAUCACUGUGUUUGGGAACCUACUCAUCAUCCUGGCCAUUGGCUCUGACUCCCACCUUCACACACCCAUGUACUUCUUCCUCUCCAACUUGUCCUUUGUAGAUGUCUGUUUCAUCUCCACCACCAUCCCAAAGAUGCUGUGGAACAUCCAGACCCAGAGAAAGGACAUCAGCUACAAAGGCUGCAUCAUACAGAUGUACUUUUUCCUACUCUUUGCAGGGUUGGAUGACUUCCUGCUGACAGUGAUGGCCUAUGACCGCUUUGUAGCUAUAUGCUAUCCUCUGCACUACACGGUCAUCAUGAAUCCCCAGCUCUGUGGAAUUCUGGUUCUGGUUAGUUGGAUCAUCAUUGUCUCCUUAUUUUAUUGUACCUGCUUAGGUGUGUACCUCCAUUCUGCAGGGACCCACAACUCACAUUCAACUGCAGUGACCUCAGUGAUGUACACUGUGGUCACACCCAUGCUGAACCCCUUCAUCUAUAGUCUGAGGAACAAGGACAUAAAGAGGGCUCUGCAAGCAUUCUUUUAA